AUGAAGAAGUUUUUGCAAAACAAAAAAGGCAGAUACUCCUUUCGGCAGCACAAACGAGGCCCAUCUAAAGAUUUCUUUCUCAAUAUGCCAACUUCCAACCAGAGCUGGCCGGAGGAUUUUGGCUUCCAGCUGGGUGGGACUGGGCCCAGCUACAUCUUGUCGGUGGAGGAAGGCAGCAGCGCCCAUUUGGCGGGGCUGCAGGCAGGGGAUCAGGUCCUGGAGAUUGAGGGCCACAAUGUGUCAUCGCUGGCGCCACAAGCCGUCGUUGCCAUCGCUCAGACUCAGAAGAACAUCCCUCCCAGCAUUGGAGUGGUGUCCCGCAUACAGCAGAUGGACAUCAUACCAGGUCCAGAUGGUCGUUUUGGCUUCACUAUUGUGGGAGACUGCCCCCUCCUGGUGGAAGACUGCUCCCCGUGCUCCCCAGCAGGACGUGCAGGUCUGAGGGCCGGGGACUACGUCAUGGAGGUGAACGGCAUCCCCGUCCGGCAGCAUGAGAUGGCCGCGUCACUGAUCAAGAGCUCCCAGGGGAGGACACUCCGUCUGGGGGUGCUGGGUCUUGGUCAAAGGCAGAAGCGAAGCGUCAGCGUGGAGUACAGUCAGAUGGGGGGCGAGGGGGCGGGGCUUGAUCGUAAGCACAAGGCUCUGGAGUUCAACAGGAAGGUCGACCAGAUUUUAGGCGAGGAGCCAGACGUGAAGGAGAAACUCUUCACCGUUUUGAAGCAGUACGCAGCGGAGAAGAGAGUGGAGUGGCUGGCUGCCGUGCUGCCUGAGAUACUCACCACUGAUGAGCAUCGACAGCUCAUUUCCAGCAUCAGAAUCUUCAUCCCCAAGAAGCACCGGCAGCGCUUCGACGACGCCGUCUCCCAGAACGUGAUCAACAGGCUCUGCCGCAGCAAGAGCAUCAGCGAGCCGCAGGGCAGGAUCCGGCGCAGUCGGAGCGAGGACCACUCCGACCGCCGCCACGGGUCCAAACGGGCCAGCUCUGUGCCAAGAGAUGGAGGGGAACCAGGAGGGAGAGGGGAAGCAGAAAAGGACAGAGGGGCAAGGAAGUCUGUGUCUGGAAUACCCACGCAUCCCCCCCUCGGACCCAAUCAGAGGUUUGCGGUGUUGGACCCUGACGGCGCUCCGGAGCUUCACAGGCGAAGCAGCUCGGUGCGUGUGACGGGGUCGUCGUACCGCAGCAUCAUCCGAGAGAGGAGCUCCGACGACUGCAUCAUUGGGACUCAUUUGGGAAUGGGAAUUCAUAUCGAUGAAUCUGGGAGCCCGGAGGAGAGGCAGUCAGGAGAUGGCACCUCCUUCCCCGAGUCCCCUGACCUCAGUCAUAUGACAGGUGUAUACACGGAGCUGGAGAACUUGUACGCAGGGAAGAGUGUGUCCCCGCUGCAGGGUGGCUCCCCCGCAGAGCCUGAGGUGGCGGGGCAGACUGAGGCCUAUGGCCGCUCUCUCUCCCCACUCACACUGCCCCCCCUCACAGGUAACCGUAAAUCCGGCCUGUCCCUGUCCUGGAAGGAGCCUCUCCCCACCCCCGUGUACGAGAUCCACCACCAGAGCAGCGUGGAAUCCAACCCGUACGUCAGCCUGGAGAGCCCCCCCGCCUCCCCUCAGCCCUUGGACAGUAAUCCCAAUACUCUGACGCGCCGAAAGAAGCUCUUCACCUUUUCCCGCCCGCCUCGCAGCCGCGACACAGACAAGUUCCUGGAUGCCCUGAGUGAGCAGCUGGGCCACCGGGUCACUCUGGUGGAUGACUUCACAGCUGGGGAGAAUGACUAUGAGGAGAUAUAUCAAGGUGGUUGUCAUGGUUUCAGAAGAGGAGGUGUCCGUAUGAGCUUCCCAGAGGAGCAGGACACGGGCUUCAUGCCCCGGCAGCUCAGCAGCGGCAGCAGUGAGGAUCACAGCAGCGACGAGGCCUCCUCUCCCACCUACUCCUCCGGUUCUGAACAGAUCCCACCUCCUCCGGACCAGAGCCCCCCGCCUCCCCCGCCACUACAGUCUCUGAUUCCCCCGCCGGUCCAGUUCACUGACCCUCUCCCGCCUGUGCGCUUCUCUCCGGAGCACGUCCCCCGCAGCCGGAUGCCCUUCCAGCCACACCACCCCAUCAUCCCCCCUCCGCCACCCCCUCCGAGGACCCUCCUGUCCACUCGCUCUCCUCUUCACAAAGUGCUCCCCACCAGAGCCGGCACGGAGAUGUCCAGCCAGCGCUUCAAGGCCACCACUGCCUGGCUCUCGCGCAACCACGGCCCCCUGGGCUCCUCCACCCCACGGUCCUCCCAGUCGUCCCGCACCCCCUACCUCCCCCGCCAGCUCAGCCAGCCCCAGCCAACCCUCCAGCCAGCUCCCCAGCCCUCCCCUCAGCCGCUCAGGCCGAGCCAGCUCGUCCUUCAGAGGCACCACCAGCUCCACCACCAGCACAGCUACCAGGGCCCGUUGCCGCCGUCCCUGGAGGACCCCAUCCCGACUCAGCAUCAGAGCCUGGGGCCCGUGGGCUCCUCACUGCUCUCAAAGCCUCCGGCCUCAACCUGCACCCUCCCUGGCCACAACAAAAGCUUUGAAACCCCCCCACAGGAGCAUCAGUCACAGCAGGCUCUGCCACCUCCACCUCCACCCCCGCCUCCACCCUGUGACCCACCUCCACUGCCCAAGCCGGGCCAGCACGCCGCAGACGCCAACCACAUGAGCGUGAAGAGGCUGCGCUGGGAGCAGGUGGAGAACUCUGAGGGAACGAUCUGGGGUCAGCUCGGAGAGGACUCUGAGUACGACAAGCUCAGUGACAUGGUGAAGUACUUGGACCUGGACCUGCACUUUGGGACUCAGCGCAGAUCCAUUUCUCCUCCAGAGCCAGCCUUCCAGCCGGAGAACUUUAAAAAGAAAGACGUGGUGGAGAUUCUGUCCCAUAAGAAAGCCUACAAUGCUUCCAUCCUCAUCGCCCACCUGAAGCUCUCCCCGGCCGAGCUGCGGCAGGUCCUGAUGACCCUGAGCACCGACAGGCUGGAGCCGGCGCACAUCAAGCAGCUGCUGCUCUACGCCCCUGACGAGGAGGAGGUGAAACAGUACCAGCACUUCGAUCAGGACCCCACCAAACUGAGCGAGCCCGACCAGUUCAUCUUCCAGAUGCUGACGGUGCCCGAGUAUAAGACCCGCCUGCGGAGCCUCCUCUUUAAGACGACGCUGCAGGAGAGGACGGAGGAGAUGAAGGUGGCGUUCGAUUAUAUCUACAAGGCGUCGGUGGAGCUGAGGAGCGGCAAGAAGCUGGCCAAGAUCCUGGAGUUUGUUCUUGCGAUGGGUAACUAUCUGAACAACGGGCAGCCGAAGAGCCACAGGACCACCAGCUUUAAGAUCAACUUCCUCACCGAGCUGAGCACAACAAAAACAGUGGAUGGAAAAUCCACCUUUCUCCACAUCCUGGCGAAGUCGUUGUGCCAACAUUUCCCCGAGCUGCUGAACUUCCCCAGAGAGCUUCUGACGGUGCCGCUUGCUGCUAAAGUGAACCAGAGGGCCAUCACGACCGAGCUGAGUGACCUGCACACCACCGUCCAGGACAUCAGGACGGCCUGUCAGAAGAUCCUCGCCACUCCUGAGGACCACUUUGCCUCCGUCAUGAGCAGUUUCCUGGAGAACAGCCACCCUGCCAUCCAGUCUCUGGAGUCUCUGCAGACCCGAGCGAUGGAGGAGUUCUCCAAGGUGGCCUCCUACUUCGGAGAGGACAGCAAAUCCACCAGCACGGACGCCUUCUUUGGCAUCUUCUCAGAGUUCAUGUGCAAGUUUGAGAGAGCUCUCAGUGAGACGCAGACUCCAGAAAACCCCCGGAGCCCCAGACUGUCUUCGCCUCUGGCCUGGUAGAAGUGAGAAACCCGUGCGGCUGUCGGGCCAGAUGACAGAACCGAAGUGCCAAGUUCACACUCAGACACACUCGAACCGACAGGAACAGAGACACGAUGGGACCAACGCUUCAAGCUAACGAACGA